AAAACUACAAUACUACAGUAACCUCUUACUGAAGAGUUUGUUUAGAAGAGUCUUGUUUUCAUUGACCAUUAUCCAUGUUGUAGGUCAGUGGGAGAGGUGUUUGUGGAGGGGAGUGGUCAGCAGCCAGAGAGACCUCACAAAGAUCUGCCAGCAAGGUAGACGAAGAGGGAUUGGAGGUUGCGGUUUGUCGGCACGGAGUGCUUCUCUGUGCUUUAAAUAUGUACAGGGGUGAACUUUUUGCCUAUCCCCUGUACCUUCAAGAAAAGUUGGCCAGUAGGCAAGUCACUUUUUUUUGUAUGGAUGUGACCUGCAAAUAUUGUCCCUACCUGCAAAGAGUUACAAAAAGCUGCCCAGAGCUCCAGCACCUCCUUAACAUGAGACCAUUCCUUUCGGUAUUUCAUGCCAAAGCCCAUGACUUUAAAUGUGAGGUGAAAUGGAGCGGGUCGUAUCAGGAUGGGGCUGGACUAACACUAGGGGAGGAGGUGGAACAGUGCAAUGCCUUCCUCUCUAGGAUUGCAGUGACAACAAAACAUAUGUCAAAAGCAGGACGCACAGACAUGCUGACUCUCAUGGCCAUGCGAUGGAAUCAGCAAAAGUUCCGAAAUUUGGCAGUUUCACUGACUCGCCGAUAUCAGAAGACCAGAAAAGCUCUGCAAAGCCAGUUACAAAACCUAGAGUCCUUGAAAGCCCAAUUGGCAGUGACAGAGAGCCAACUGGAAGACUGGGUCAGUGAUGUAAAGGAGUGGGCAGGCGCAGCAAGAGUAACAACCACAAAUGAUGCUGAUGGCUUGGCCAGCAGAAUUGAGGUCCUGGUAGCGAGUAUCAAGAGACGUUCCCAUCGGCUCUACAAAGAUACCGAUGGGAACAAAGGUCGUGCCAGAAUCCGCCGCAAGAUCAGGGAGGAGAAGGGCAUCCUGACAUCUGUUGUGGAGAAAUACAACAGAAUGGUUCCAAGCACAGAAAGUCUUUGCAUGGAAACCAUUCUGUCUGGUGAGACAGCUUGGCCAUGGCAGCUACCACACAGUGACUCUGUCGAUCUAAGGACAAAAAGAAGAGCGUUUGACAUCAUCAUGUCAGUAAGAAGACUUGAGGAGGAGCUGAAGAUUCUUGUGGCAGAGAUGGACCACCACUGGAAAUCUCUUUCAACUCGUGCUGAUACCCUCAGAGAGCUGUCCCACAUGUUUGCCAGUGAGACAAUGAGAAAUUCACCAUGUGGCUUAAGUGAAAAGGGUUUGAAAGGUCUGCAGAGCAUCAUCCUGAGAAAGCAACAUAAAGUCAGAGAAAUGAAGGUGCAAGCAAGAGACUGUUACCUGCAAGUUUUGUCUGGAGAAGGCAACAUCAACUUUUUGUACAGUGCUUCAGCUGAUGAGUAUGACAGUGACUUCAAAAUCACGAUGUUCCGCUCUCAAUGCACUUCGAUCCCAUACGCUGUUUUGGGACGGCAACUGGAGUGGAAAAGCUCAUUUGUGCCACCCUUGUGGACACGCCACUGCUCUAAGGCUCUGCCAGCUUUUAUCAAUGCAUCUUUUUGGGGUUUUGUGUAA